AUGAAGCGAAGCAAGAGUAAUGGAUCUUCAACGGUGGUUUCCAAGUUUCCGGCCGGCGCCCAGGAGGAGCAAUGGGGAGAAAUCAAGUGCCCGAUAUGCAUGGAACACCCUCACAACGCAGUUUUGUUGCGGUGCUCGUCCCACAACAAGGGAUGCCGGCCUUUCAUUUGCAACACAAGCUACCGCCACUCCAAUUGCCUCGACCAAUACCUUGGCACCUCCAACCCAUCACCAUCCAACAACAACAACAACAAGCACGAGCUGACAUGCCCUCUGUGUCGGGGAUCGGUCUCUGGUUGGGAGGUGGUGGAGCCCGUCCGGCGCUACUUGAACACUAAGCCAAGGGAGUGCUCCACUGAGGAUUGUGGCUUUGAAGGCAGCUAUUCUGAGCUCAGGAAGCACGCCCGGUCUGACCAUCCUUUGGUCAGGCCGGCCCAGGCCCAGCCUGAAAGACAGCAGGCGUGGGCCCAGAUGGAACAGGAAGAGGAGGAGGAGGAGGAAUUGAUGCGGAAUUCGGAUGAUUCCAGCGAUGGUACCGGGGAUAACCUUAUGGUUAAUGUGCGCGUGGCAUUGCCAGAUGAAGAAGUUGUCGAGCUUCAAAUUGAGAUUCCGCGGGCGCUCUUGCCCCAGCAGAGUCACGACAAUCGAGCAGACCACGUCGAAGAUGUAAAUGGUAACGUUGAGAUGGGUGAUUCUAGUGUUGGUGUUGAGAAUUUUGAUGAAUCUGGCGUUAGUGUGCAUUACUUGACUUUGCCGGAGGAUAUUGAGCUUCGAAUUCAGAUUUCUUGUGCGUCGUUGGCCCCACAGAGCGGCGAUAGUCAAACAGACCACACUGAUAAUGUAACUAGUGGCAUUAGCAUUGAUGGAUCUGGAAGCAUGCAUGAAGAUAACCAGGCUCUGCGUGCUAUGGCCCAACAAGCAGCUACACAGAGCUACUAUGAUCAAACAUACCACACUGGUAAUGUAACUAAUGACAUUAGCAUUGAUGGAUAUGAAGAUAACCAGGCUCAGCCUGCGAUGGUCCAUCAAGAAGCUCAUCAGACUUGGAAUGACGAACACAGUCAGAAUCAAAAUUUUGAAAGAGAUCUCAACACAAGACAAGAUGUCGACUUUUCCUGGGGUAGGAAUCGUUCUAAUAACGCAUUAUUCCAAACAAGGAGUAGAUAUGGAGGUAUGUAUGGGGAUAACCAAGCUUCGCGAACUACUUUCCAUCCUAAAGUUUGCUGGAAUGGCAGGCAACAAUGCAAUCAAAUUUUUGGAACAGAUCACAACAGGAUGCAAGAUGUUGAUUUUUCUUGGGGGAGGAAUCGCUCAAAUAGCACAUUGUUCCAGACAAGGAACAACAUGUGUGGAGAUAACCAGACUUGGCCGACCAUGGUCCAUCCUAGAGUUUGCUGGAAUGACGAAUGUUGGAAUCAAAAUUUUGAAAGAAAUGUCAAUGUGAGACGAGAUGCCAAUUCGUCUGGGGUUAGGAAUCCGUCUACUGGAGCAUUAUUUCGAACGAGGAAUAGCUAUGGGGGCAUGCACGGAGAGAACCAGACUCGGCCAAUUGUGACCAGGCCUAGAGUUCAUCGAAAUGCCAGGCGACACAGGAAUCGAAAUUUUCGAAGAUAUCUCAAUGUGAGACAAGAUGUCAAUUUUUAUAGGAGCAAGAAUUGCUCAAGUAGACCACUAUUCCGAACAAGGAAUAGAUACAUCAAUGAAAUCCAAAUGCAUGAAGUUGGCUUAGCUACCAAUGUUUGGUGGAUGCCCUAG